UUCACCCGUAGAGUCGUUCCGGCUGCUGCUGCUGGGGUUGAGGAAGGAAAGGUGGCAUAGGCGAUGUGGCCGACCUUGCGUUACUUAGGCACUGCCUGCGGUCUGGCUCGAUGUCGCUUUGCUGGAGGUUUCCUCCCGGCAAGCGAGCGGACGCCUGGGGGGCCGGGGCUGCUGUGCUGGGGUGACCGCAGCUUCAGCACUAGCUCAUUUGAUGUAGUCAUUGUCGGUGGCGGAAUUGUGGGGCUUGCCUCUGCCAGAACACUCAUCCUGAAACACCCCGGACUUUCGAUUGGUGUUGUGGAAAAGGAGAAAGAUUUAGCCCUUCACCAGACUGGACGGAACAGUGGGGUCAUACAUAGUGGAAUUUACUACAAACCCGAAUCCCUGAAAGCUAAAUUGUGUGUAGAAGGUGCAGCCCUCAUCUAUGAGUACUGUAAGCUCAAGGGAAUUCCCUACAGGCAGUGUGGCAAGCUAAUAGUAGCUGUUGAGCAAGAAGAAAUCCCCAGACUUCGGGCCCUGUAUGAGAGAGGUCUGCAGAAUGGAGUCCAAGGCUUGAGACUGAUCCAACAGGAGGAGAUAAAAAAGAAGGAACCAUAUUGCAGGGGUCUAAUGGCCAUUGAUUGUCCAUAUACUGGCAUUGUGAACUAUCAGCAGGUAGCUUUGUCAUUUGCCCAGGAUUUCCAAGAUGCUGGUGGCUCUAUCUUGAAAGAUUUUGAAGUAAAGGAUAUUGAAAUCGCUAAUGAAAGCCCUUCCAGAAGUAAGGAUGGGAUGAACUAUCCAAUCGCUGUCAAGAAUACUAAGGGAGAGGAGGUUCACUGUCGCUAUGUUGUGACAUGUGCAGGACUUCACUCAGACCGUAUUUCAGAGUUGAGUGGCUGCAGUCCUGAUCCUCAGAUUGUCCCAUUCCGGGGCGAUUACCUGCUCUUAAAGCCAGAAAAGGGCUACCUUGUCAACGGGAAUAUUUAUCCGGUCCCGGAUAGCCGCUUCCCUUUCCUUGGAGUUCACUUUACACCAAAGUUGGAUGGCACUGUGUGGCUCGGGCCGAAUGCAGUGCUCGCCUUUAAGCGGGAAGGUUACAGACCCUUUGACUUCAGUGCCAGAGAUGUUAUGGAAAUAAUUCUCAAGAGUGGUUUCCUUAAAAUGUUGCUUCAGAAUUUUUCGUAUGGAGCAAAUGAAAUGUAUAAAGCCUGUUUUCUCGGUGAGACAGUGAAACACCUUCAGAAGUUCAUCCCUGAGAUCACCACCAGUGAUGUGCUUCGAGGCCCGGCUGGAGUUCGGGCCCAGGCCUUGGACAGAAAUGGAAAUCUGGUAGACGACUUUGUGUUUGAUGGAGGAGCUGGGGAGAUUGGAGAUCGUGUUCUUCACGUGAGAAACGCGCCUUCUCCCGCCGCCACCUCUUCCCUGGCCAUCUCUAGGAUGAUUGCCGAGGAAGUGCAGCAAAGAUUUAAGUUAUGAACGGCGGAAGGAGCUGUGUUUGCGUCCUAAUCCCUACACGAGCAGCAAGGAGCUGCCAGUUGAGUUUUUGAGUUAAAUUAAGAAGAUUAUUUUAAAACUACACUUUUUAGGCUAAAAUAGCCAUCAACUUAUUAACAGGAUAUAGCAGAUCUAAUUUUUAAAAAUUCAGGUAGAACAAAGAAGCAAAGAGCGUCUGUACCUGUUCUGAAGCCUCGAGUUUGUUAGGGAUUUACCCAACCCUACGUGAUUUAGGAAGGACUUGGGAAGGGGGCACAAAACAUGGACUAUUCCAUAAUCAGUGUUUGGCUUUAUAAUUAAUUUUUUUCCUGGAAAAAAUAUGUCGAAGUGUAUUGUAGGGCGUGACAUUCUUUUAAUCUGAAGAGUCUGGAAACCUUAUAUUAUUUAGUGAGUUUUUUAAAUCUGGAAACUGAAAAUGCUUGAUUUUAAAAUUAUUUUAAAAGGAAUACAUGAAAUUUUGUGUUUCUAAGUAGCAUAAACAAACCCAGCCCACAGUCUCUUUGUAAGUCUCUAAUGUCUGGUGUGUCAUCACUUGGUCUGCACAGCAGUGUGCCUGUGUGCUUGUGGCCUAUGCUACAGUUCCCUGUGGCCGAGAAGCGCAAGUCCCUGAAAGGACCAUGUUUUAUAAGAGCAUUUUAACUCCUGACACUGAGUGUAGCACUGUGUAAUUUUAACCAGUUAUUUAUUCCACGCUUCUGUCCUUUGGUCACACUGAGCGUCCCAGGAUGUUGGCCAGGAUUACUGAUGGUUCAUACCUAUGUGGGUUUUCAGAAUUCCUAUAAACUUUGCGAGGACAUUUCUCCAUUUUUGGCUAAUAUCUAAUUUGGAGGCAUUCACUUUUGUAAGCCGCAAAAGUGCCUUAUAUUCUUCAUAUGUACUUCAUAAACAUGUAAGUUGGCGCCAAGUGCUGUACCGAAUACUCGUGUGUGUGUGUGUGUGUGUGUGUGUGUAGUGCCAUACUGUACUGUAUUGUGCGUGUGCAUGUGUGUCUUACAGUUCAGAACAUUGGAAAGUAGAAAUGUAAGUGAAAAACUGGCAACUUGGCCGUGGAAUCAGAGCCGGCCCUUAGGUGAGAGGCGUCAUCCCAUCUCUCACAUGUCUCUCAGGGUUCAUCUUCAUCUUCCUCACCAACGCUGUGACGGGGGCCUGGGAAGGCUGCGUGUGUUGAUAGGAAAGCCUUUCCUUUUUUAUUUCCUCCCCACUCUGGCCCUUGGUGGUUACAUUCAUUAAGCUAUCUCAUCCAUUAAUCUGAAAGGAUACUUACUAUGAUCUUCAGUUCAAGAGGCAGCACAUCCCAGGUAAGUAGAUGAGGCAGUUAUGCAAGACAUGGGAUGGGCAUAUUGAAACAUUUAGAAAUCAUUUAUGGAGGCAAAAAACCCUAAUGGUUCUCCAUAACAAUAGGUUUCCUACAAGAAAUGCCCCGCAUGGAGUGCUUCUCUGUUCUAAGACUUCCAAGGGAUAUAACAUUACGUGAAGAUUAUUUUCCUUUUAGGUAUGGUGAGAGAAGUGUGCCAUGGUUCUCUUCUCCAUCAGCUGUGAGAGCUUGUGCACACACGCUAAGCUGUGCACGACUAAAGUUACAAAAAUAACUGUCACGAUUGAAGCAUCCUUAUUCCAUCUGGGUAUGCAUUUAUGCUCCAAAAUAACAGAGACAAUUUUGGUGAAAUAUGUCAGUUAUUCUGUUUGUAAAAUAUUUGAUAUUUAUGUCAAUAGGUUUUUCUUUUGUUAAAUACUGAUAUAUAAGAAUUUUGUGUCUUUCUAAGAAAAGAAAAUGUAUAUUAGUAUUAAAAUAUUUUAAUGAUCUUUGCUGUUAUGAUCAUGUUUUAUAUUAAAACAUUUACUGAGGAGCUGGCGUGAUGGCUUAGUGGUUGAAAGCACUGACUGCUCUUCCAGAGGACCCUGGUUCAAUACCCAGCACCCACAUGGUGGUUCACAACUGUCUGUAACUCAUGCAUGUGGGUCCACAGACAUAUACAGGCAAUACACCAAUGCACAUAAUAAACAAACAAACAAAUAAAUAAAAUUUAAAAGCUACUUUAAGAAGUUAGUUGCCAAGCAGUGGUGGCCUUUAAUCCCAGCACUAGGGAGGCAAAGGCAAACGGAUCUCUUUGAAUUUGAGGUUAGCCUGGUCUACAGAGCAAGUUCCAGACAGCCAAGGCUACACAGAAAUACUGUCUCCUCAAAAAAAAAAAAAAAGAAAAAAGUUUACUGAACUGAACUGGAUAUGGUUGUUACAUAACACUUUCUUCCAAGAUUGUAACAUUCCAUCCUACAGGGAAAUUGCUUAUACAAUUGCUUAUGCAACAAGGUAAACAAACAACUCAAAAUGGCUUAAGGAAGUCCCUGAAACUGACCAGAUUUGCUCAGCCCCACCCUGCCACCCUAAACAAUAAAAGCAGUCCUUCUCCGAUGGAAGAAAGCUGAGCAGCACCAAAGACUCUCAGGUGAGCUCAGCUGCCUGGAAGAGUUACUGUUAAGACCAACUGAGUUACUUGAAAGAGACUUCAAUCUGUCAAGCUGUGUUCAGGCUGUGGAGUGCGUUCCAGGUUCCCAAUGCUGCCACCCCUGCUGGGGUAAACCUCAGUGAUGUAGCUGUCUUUGAGUCACUUCUGUGCUUGUAAGCAACUCCUCACUCAUAUUUCUGUAA